AUGUUGACUCUGCGACGGGUAAUGCGGCCAGCCGGCCGUUUUCGGGCGAUUUCAAGUCGUUAUGUGCAAAUGCCAGCGCUCAUGGUGUGGCGAAGCGCCAGGUUCUAUUCAGAGUCUCCGUUGGACGAGCCGCGGGAGAGCGACGAAGUGGACCUCUGUAUCGUGGGGGGAGGCCCCGCGGGUCUAGCCGCGGCCAUCCGGUUCAAGCAACUUGAUAAUGAGGCUGGGGGUGAGCGUCGUGUAAUUGUGCUCGAAAAAGGUGGCGACAUGGGCGCACACACCUUGUCUGGUGCCGUUCUGGAACCUCGUGCUCUGGAUGAGUUGCUGCCUGACUGGCGCGAGGAUAUGCCCGAGAUGACCACUUUGGUUGAGAGCGAGGGCAUGAAGUUCCUCACCGAGAAGCUUGCUCUUCCCGUUCCUGAGCCUCCUCAGAUGGUGAACAAAAACAAGAACUACAUUGUUUCACUUUCUGCCGUCGUGCGUUGGCUUGCAGAAAAGGCCGAAGCAGUCGGUGUGGAGGUAUAUCCCGGCUUCAGUGUGUCUGAGCUGGUUUAUAACGACGAUGGAAGCGUGAAGGGCAUUGCCACUCGUGACCAGGGUAUUGGAAAAGAUGGCAAGCCCAAGGACAGCUUUGCCCGGGGUAUGGAGUUCCACGCCCCAAUCACACUGCUUGCAGAGGGAUGCCAUGGUUCUUUGAGCAAGCAGGCGAUUGCCAAGUACGACCUCCGCAAAGACGCCGACCCGCAAACUUACGGCCUCGGACUCAAGGAAGUAUGGGAGGUCAAGCCUGAGAACUUCAAAAAGGGCUAUGUGGGCCACCAUGUCGGCUAUCCUCUGGACCCCAGUACCUAUGGUGGUGGCUUCCAGUAUCAUUUCGGCGAGAACCUCGUGUCUGUAGGCUUGGUGGUUGGCCUGGACUAUGCUAAUCCCUACAUCUCGCCCUACAACGAAUUCCAGCGCAUGAAGCACCAUCCCUACUAUGCCGACGUCUUGGAAGGUGGCACAUGCAUCGCGUAUGGAGCCCGUGCUCUCAACGAAGGUGGUUGGCAAUCGAUUCCCAAACUUGUUUUCCCCGGUGGUGGCCUAAUUGGUUGCUCUGCAGGUUUCCUAAAUGUUCCCAAAAUCAAAGGCACCCACACUGCCAUGAAAUCGGGCAUGCUUGCUGCAGAGGCCGCUUUCAAAUCCCUUGAAUCCGGUGAUCGAAGCGAGUUCGAAAGAUAUGACGCAAACCUGCGAGAAUCGUGGGUGGGCAAAGAGCUCUACGAGAUCCGUAAUGUGCGGCCCUCAUUCCACUCUCCUUUGAAACUAUGGGGUGGAUUGGCAUAUUCCGGUCUCGACACGCUAAUUUUAAGGGGCCGUACACCCUGGACUUUCCAUCACCCAGAGACCGAUGCAGGUUCCACCCAGCCGGCCACCGAUUUCUCGCCCAUCGAUUACCCUAAACCUGACGGUAAAUUGAGCUUUGACAUUUUAACGUCGGUGUCGCGGACAGGUACAUACCACGACGAUGACGAGCCGUGCCACCUGAGAGUCCCUAACCAGGAUCUCGAGGCUCACUGCGAAAAGUCCUGGCCAGUCUACAAGGGUAUUGAGCAAAGAUUCUGCCCUGCGGGAGUUUACGAGUAUCUAGAAGAUGAUGCAGGCAAAGUCGAGUUCAAGAUCAAUUCACAGAACUGCAUCCACUGCAAGACCUGCGACAUCAAGGUGCCUGCCCAGGACAUUACCUGGACUGUUCCUGAGGGCGGAGACGGUCCUAAAUACAGUAUUACAUAG